UUGUAAUAAUACUAAACAAGUGUGUGAAAACUGGUGGUGUGAGAAAAUAGUCCUUAAAAUGGCCAGCUCAGAAAACUCUUCUUCAGAUGAUUAUUUUUCCACUUCUCAAGAAGUAAACAGGAAAGAAUCCGAGGUUGAAAUCGAGUUCUCGGAAGACGAGGAAUCGCUGAUAAUUAGGAUGUAUAAGCUCGUCGGGGACAGAUGGUCUUUAAUUGCUGGAAGAAUUCCGGGAAGAAAUGCUGACCAAAUCAAGAAAUACUGGAUAUCGCGACGAUAUCCCACCUCUGCUUUUCGGAAAUAAAACAUAUGUAUCUACCGUUAGAACUGUAGUAUUUCAAACAUCUGCUGCCUAAGGAUGUAUUCUAGUAUUAUUAGUAUGUCUGUAACUAAGAUCAGUGAUAUCAGUCGGAAUAAUGUUAUUUAUAGCCCGUGAUUUGUUACCGAUUCGUAAAAUCGAAGUGUUAUGCUGCUCGUUGAUCAAGUUAUAAUGUAAUAUAAUUCGAGAAACUAUGGUUGAAAAUAAUUCCCAUGCAAAA